AUGGGCGGAGGGUACAAUGACGGCAAAGGUCGAAAGGGAGGAGGAGGCAAAGGUGGAGAGCGCCGCAGCCUUCCCCACUUCGUUCCUGCGCGGGGCGGCGGCGAGUGGGGUAAGAAGGCAAGACAAGCGCAGCAGGCGGCGAUAAAGGACGAGAAGACAAAGCGGGAGGUGGAUUACUUCUGGCAGCAGCAGGAGUACUUCAGCGGGGGGGGAAAAGGACGAAAAGGCAAAGGCUAUCAGGAGACAGCCGAGCAGCUUUUCGGCGCCCAGCGGGAAAAUGUCGGCAUCGACUUCGACAAGUACGACGAUAUCCCCGUCGACCUCUCGGGCCAAGGCGCCGAGGAGAUCGAGGGCCUGGAGAACUUCGACGAGCUCUGGGACCGGUUCUACAUGCAUGAUUUCCUGUGGGACAACCUUGAGAGGUGCCAUUAUCGCAAGCCCACUCCCAUCCAAAAAUUUGCGCUUCCAGCGGCACUGACAGGGAAGGACUGCAUGUGCUGCGCGCAAACCGGCUCAGGCAAGACCUGUGCCUUCCUCCUUCCCAUCCUCAGCUGCCUGGACCUCACGCAGGCCGCAGGCACCGUGGGUACAAGCCCGGGAGAGCCAUCGGCACCCAAGGCGGUGGUUCUGGCUCCGACGCGUGAGCUCUGCUCCCAAAUCCACCUCGAGGCCAAGAAGCUGUCCUUCAAAUCUCCGGUACGAGCCGGCGAAGUCUACGGCGGCGUGGACGCAAAGCCGCAGCUCCUUGACCUCGCUCGAGGAGUCGAUAUUGUGACGGCCACACCCGGCCGCCUUACGGACUUCAUCGACCGCGGUGUCAUCACCAUGUGCAAUGUGGGCUUCCUGGUGCUGGACGAGGCCGACCGCAUGCUGGACAUGGGCUUUGAGCCGCAGAUCCGCGAGAUCGUUCAAAAGCGUGACAUGCCAUCCUGUCGGGAGGGCCGCAUGACGCUGAUGUUCUCCGCGACCUUCCCCAAAGAGAUCCAGAAGCUCGCGCAAGCCUUCAUGAGGAGCUACAUCUGGAUCGGCGUCGGGCGUGUGGGUGGCGCGGUGGACACGGUGGAGCAGACCUUCAUCGUCACCGGCAACCGAGGCAAGCCUGACGUCUUGACCAAGGUCCUCAACACGAACCCCACGGAUUCCACCUUGAUCUUCGUGGCCAUGAAGCGCACGGCCGCCUGGUUGGAGGGGCAUCUCACUCGCAUGGGCUACAACGCCGCGGCAAUCCAUGGUGACAUGGAGCAGCGGGAGCGCGAGCAGUCCCUCUCCACAUUCAAGAGUGGGAAGAGCACCUUCCUUGUGGCCACGGAUGUGGCUGCCCGUGGCCUCGACAUUCCGAAGGUCUCGCACGUCAUCAACUACGACCUGCCGCAAAACAUUGACUCCUACGUUCACCGGAUCGGCCGGACCGGACGCAUUGGUAACCACGGUUGGGCCACCAGCUUCUAUGUCCCGGCACACGAUGGCCAGCAUUCCAAUGCCAAUGUCGUCAAAGAACUCGUGGCAGUUUUGGAGGGUGCUGGGCAGGAUGUGCCCGAGGCACGCAGAGAGGGAAGCUUCUGUCGGCAGCGGCUGGCAGGGUGGCAGGGAGAUACCCUUAGGUCUUGUUUGCUGUUUUUGUCAUCACGCAGUUUGCAGUUUGCAGUGCAUCUCAUUCAAAAAUUACAGGUGUUCUGGCGGGAAGUCUGCAGCACGACUUAA